AAAUGAGUUGGAUCUUUAUAAUUUAGUGAAACUGACUACUAAAUAAGGGUAAAUAAUCUUGAUACCGACAGCACAUUUUUCUUUCUCUUCUUCUUCUUCUUCUUCACUGACUGACUGGAAAAAAAAAAGAUGCUCAUAAACAACAAUCUAUUUUUCUUAUUACUUUUAUCGUCAUCUAUUUUGAUAUCUAGAGUGACAUCAGAAAAGAAUUAUUGUCGAGGAGAAUUUGCCCCUACAGCUUCGAUUUGCAAAAAAUUUGAAUUUGAUAAAUUAACAGAUAAUGGUAUAUGCACAGAUAGUAGCAAAAAGUCUUCUGUAGACAAAUUUCAUGGUUUAAAACUUGCCAAUUGCACAACAUUUUAUGAUAUUAGUAUGCUUCCAAGUGAAAAAAUGCAUGCCUCUGCAAUCAAAAAGGCUGAAUUAAUUACUAAUGUGUUUGAGAAUGGAAAUACAAAGAUGGGUUAUGCGGCUGUAGAAAAAUUAGGCGACUGUAGAGGAUAUACAUGCGGUUACAUUGGAUUCACAACAGGUACAAAUGAUGCUUAUGCUGUCGUUAAAGAAUAUGUCAGAAGAGUCCCUAAAGCAAAGUUGAGGAAAUAUUUGAAAGCUCUUGAAGCCUUGACUAAAUUACCCUUUGGCGAUCCCAGAAGAGACGAUACAUCUCAAUUAUCAGGAUUUGCAUCUGCCUGGAAAGAAGCUGCUUGUAAAGAUCCCAACUUUGUUCAAACUCAAUUAGAUGUAGGCCAUUCCAUGUAUUUAAAGCCUGCUUUAAAAUAUGCUGCAAGUGUUCAUGUUAAAUCCAAUCUCGGGAAGGCUAUCUUUUAUGAUACUAUUAUUCAACAUGGUUGGCAGUAUGUGGAGCCCUAUAUUAAUAUCGUAAGAAUUAUUCAAUUGACGGGUCCUAGAAAAUCAGGUGAAAGUGAAAAAUCCUAUUUAUUACGAUUCUUAGCUACACGUCAACAACUUAUGUGUUGUUAUCCUGGCAGUGUAUGGUAAAGUCCACUUAUAAUACACACACACAUAUUCCAAAGCCCUCUCCCUCCCCCCCUUCUUUUCUUUUCAUCUACUAAUAACUUUAAUAGGAAUGAUUCUGCUGACCGUGUUGAAGAUCUUCGAACACUUGUCAAACAUUGGUCUAAAAACAAAAACCUUAAACAUACAGUUGAGCUUAAAAUUUAUGGUGCAAAAAUUACAGGCAAAGAAAAUAUGAAAGUGGAUUCGAAAAGAUGUAAACAUGAUUCAAAAAAGAAGUCUGCUUCAGAGAAAAAGGUUAAAUCUAUUUCGUUACCUAUCCCUGAUACCUGUCCAGCUAAAUAAUAGGAAUUCUUUCAAAAAAAAAAGAAAAAAAAACAAAUGUAUAUGUGUAUAUUUACAUGUAUAUUUAAUAUGUGUAUAUAAUAAAUAUUG